GCGUAUCCUUGCGUCAGUGGGCGUGGCUCACUUCAGCAGUACUAUGUGGUUGUUGCGGAGAGUGCAACUGAUCGGGGUACUAGGGAGCAAGAGCUUCGUUAGAGCCAUGUGUGCACAGGCCAACGACUGGCAGUCAGCGAAGUCUAUAUAUGAGUUCUCAGCCAAAGACAUCGAUGGAAACGAAGUGUCUCUAGAGAAAUACAGAGGUUAUGUAUGUAUCAUCACUAACGUCGCCUCUAAAUGAGGCAAGACUCCUGUAAACUACACUCAGUUUGCGGAAAUGCACGUCACGUACGCUGAGAAAGGUUUACGCAUUCUGGGUUUCCCCUGCAACCAGUUCGGGAAGCAGGAACCUGGAACAGAAUCUGAAAUCAAGGAGUUCGCCAAAGGCUACAAGGCGGAGUUUGACCUCUUCAGCAAGAUCGAGGUGAAUGGAGAUGGAGCUCAUCCUCUGUGGAAGUGGAUGAAGGAACAGCCCAAAGGGAAGGGCAUGCUGGGAAACAACAUCAAAUGGAAUUUCACUAAGUUCCUCGUUGACAGAGAAGGUCAGGUUGUGAAGAGAUAUGGGCCAAUGGAUGAUCCGAGUGUUGUUGAAAAGGAUCUCCCCAAGUACCUGUAGCCACCUAAAUCCAAUCCGUUCUGCGUUCCAUGUGUUUGUAAUCUCCCGCUCUUCUCUGGCUGAUAUCUGGACUUUGACGGUGACUGCCAGAUGUGUGACGGCCGUUUCUGAAGCCUGUCUGCAGGUGGGGACGGCCUGAUGACCCCUGACGUGCAAAUUAUCUGGGAAAACCCUUUAAUGUCUAGACGUCUGGCUAGAGAAGAGCCUGAUUCACAAGUUAUACAUGUGCAUACUGACAAUUAUUCUGAGUUAUCCAAAGAAUGUUCUAGUUGUCAUAAUAAUAAUAAUAAAAGAAUAAAGUGAGAACUGUG